AUGGAUGCUCCUAGUGCUUCAAAUCAACAUAAGUCACACAGCAUCACCGAACGCGUGAAGACUACUUUCAAAAAGUGGAAAAGAGAUAAACAUACAUAUUUUAUUACCCUUAAAUCAAGCAUUUCAAACGUCACCGCAGAUCUGGACGCGAAGGGUGAUCCAGCCAGUUCUAAAUAUGACAGUUCCCAAACCAACGACCACAACACGAAGGAUUUUUGGCAGAUGGCGUACGAAGCGUUAACAGAGAGCGACCCGAACAGUAUAGCAGUGCUUUUCCCGCUUACCGGGACAAAGUCUCAGGAUACUGGCAAUGCACGAACCAGAGAAAAACUGGACGAGGUAGUUGAGGCAACAAAGGCGCAGUACAAGGAAAAGCAGAGAAAGGAUAGCAUUCAGACCACAGCCAAUAAAAUAUUAAACUCAGUACUGUCUUUCCAAGAUGUUAUCGAUAAUAUUGUGAAAUUUGAUCCGACUGGAUACGCUUCCAGUGCUUGGGCGAUAGUUUCCCUUGGUUUAACAAUGGCUAAGAACCAUGCAGACCUCCGAGGGGCUCUAUUUAGCUCAUCAGAAUACUUGGCGGACUUAUUAACUCGUUGUACCUUCAUUGAAGAACAGUAUUAUGGGGAUGGAGAUCCUAACAUAGUGAAUGCCGAAAAAAAACAGUCGAUUAUCCGGGUCUAUUACAAGCCAACCACUCACGCAGCUCAAAAUCUUGAUCAAGAAAAAGAAGUCCCACCUGCACCAGUAGCUAAUUCUGGACCAGCACUUACGUUAGAAAAAGAAAACAGAGAAUAUUCUGAAUCACCUCGAUCAAUUGACCGGGGAUCUCCAAAAGUACACAUCCCUCAAAUGGUCCCCGGAAUCCGAAAAGCUAUUGAAGAUGAUCCUGCAAUUCCUAGAAGUUCACUUCAAGAUCAGUUUAAUAAGCUCAUCUUACAGCCAUUGCUCACUGUCGAUCAUAGCAAAGUCAUGAAAUCUAUAAUAAUUGUCAUCAACACUCUAGAUAAAUGCAAACCAGAGGAGGACAUGGAAAUCAUCCUCGAUCUUUUACCCGAGGUUAAGACGGUAAUAAAUAUAAUAAUCCGAUUCUUCUUAAUCAGCCGGCCGGAGAUACCCAUCCGUUGUGGGUUUGAUGAAAUCGAUAAGAGCAAGUACCAGAAUACUAUCCUGCAAGAUUUAGAUAAAGAUGUGAUAAAAUAUGACAUCGCCUUAUAUCUCAGAGAAGAAUUCUCUAAAAUAUAG